AUGAGUAGUGGUUCAUAUCCAUUGGUUUGGCCUAUUCUGCUACUUUUGCCAUUAUUGACUUCCGUUUAUUGUGCAGAUUAUAACGCCGAAUACUUUCAGAAAUACACCUACAAAUCAAAAUACAAUGAUUCUGCAAUUUUCCAAUCAACAUACACGAAAAAACAUUUAUCAGUACUGAAAAAUGAAACAAGAGAUCUUUUUGAAUAUGCAUGGGAUAAAUAUAUGGAGUUUGGAUUUCCGUAUGAUGAAGUGCGUCCAUUAGAUUGUAAACCUAAUAAACGAGAUUCACAAAACAAAUUCAAUACUGUUAAAAACGAUGCCAUGGGUAAUUAUUCUGCAACUUUAUUUGAUUCAAUGGACACGUUUAUUAUAAUGGGUAAUAAGGAUAAGUUUGCAGAGAUCCUUGAACUUAUCAAGGAAACAUACAAAGAUUUUGAGAUUGAUUCUACAAUCCAAGUCUUUGAAACCAACAUCAGAAUUUUAGGUUCAUUAUUAAGCGCACACCUAUAUGCAAUUGAUCCACGUCGGGGGUUUACAAUCGAUGGAUAUGAUGGGUUUUUGUUGAAGUUAGCUUAUGAUUUAGGUAAAAGGUUAAUAGUAACAUUUCAACAUGAGAAUGAUGAAUAUUAUUCAGGAGAUGAAUAUCUAAAAUAUUUUGUUUUCAACUAUCCAAGAACAAACCUAAAGUAUGGUCCAAAAAUUGAUACCAAGUUAAAAGUUGAACAAUGUACAGCUGGGGCAACUACCCUAACACUAGAAUUUGGACUUUUGUCUAGAUUAACUAAUGAUACAAUAUUCGAAGAUAUAUCCAGGCGUACGGUUCUUGACUUUUGGUCACGCCGUACCAAACUAGACUUGAUACCAUGGGGGUUUGAUACCUCCUUGAGAGCUUUUGAUGAUCCCACAACAGGGAUUGGAGCUUCUAUCGACUCCUUCUACGAAUAUGCGCUAAAAUAUUCAAUUUUGUUCAACGAUGAUCUCUUUUACGAUAUCUGGCUAAAUUCGUAUAGUGCGUUAUUAACCCAUUCCCAAAACAACGAUGGCAUUUUUGCUAAUUUGAAUGCUAACAAUGGAUUAGCAACUUCUGAAUGGAUUGAUAGUCUGAGUGCCUUUUUCCCCGGAUUGCAGGUUUUGAGCGGGGAUUUAGACAACGCCCAGAAGCUGCAUAAAGUUUAUUUCAAACUUUGGAAUAAUUAUGGUGCUAUACCUGAAAGGUGGAAUUUUAUGCCAUUUAGAUCAGAGACUUAUUUCAGCCACUUAACAAGAGGGUAUAAAGAUGGAGAUCUAAUACCCGGAUUGGAUGACGCUAUGACUAAUGUAGUUUUGCUCAAAAAUUCAAUUGGCUUGGAAUGGUACCCAUUGAGACCAGAAUUCAUUGAAUCUACGUAUCAUUUAUAUCGAGCAACCAAAGAUCCAUUUUACUUGAGGAUUGGCGAAGAUUUCCUAGAGAGACUUAGAGAGCAUUCCAUUGCUCCAUGUGGGUUUACUGGGUCAUUGGAUAUAACAACUGAUAAACCACAUACAAGGGAGGAAAGUUUUGUCCUCAGUGAAACCUUAAAAUACCUAUAUCUACUCUUUGAUGUUGAAAAUAAAGUUCAGCAAGGUAAUACGGUUUUCACCACUGAAGGACACCCAUUUUGGUACGACAAGAGUCUUAAUUUGUAUAAUCCCCUAGCUGCAUCGAGCUUAGAAGAAAUGAAUAAGUGGGAUGAGAAGACUGUUCAAGCAAAUGAGGGGAUAUUGAACAAAUUCUUCCACCAGGAGACAUUUAACUUGAAUAGGGAGUUUAGCAGAUUAAGGGAGAAGUUUUAUGCAAAUAUCGACAAAGUGGACCCUAUAAUUCAUAGGAUUUCCGAUUUCUAUUCCACCAUUCCCACAGAAGAUGGAGGUAUUGAGAGAAACUAUGGAAAGCGUUUAAGAGUCACUGAGCGAGAAUAUUGGAGCUUCAAGAACCACGAUCAAACCCGGAUGGAAUCGAUGCUUAGUAAUCAGUUGAAAGGAGAAAAUCUAAAGAUUGUCAAGGAUUAUCUAGGGUUGAAUACCUGUCAAUUGCCACAAGUGUCACCAUUUAUUCAAUCGGCGCUGCUAAGUGAAGAUAAAGAGUUUUACAGACUGGACUGGGUGUAUGCAAUGACGCUAAGAAGGCCACCCUAUAUGCCAAACGGUAGAGAACUAGAGGUUGAAGAAGGAUUUUAUCAAAGGUUUGUAGAUGGUUACUCUACUUGUGACGUUGAAGAACAUAGCCAAGUAUGGGAGCUAUUGAUUUCCAGCGACGAUACAUUCAACGUCUCUCCAAUAUACAGAUUCAACUACAGCGACGAUAUAUAUCUGCCCGAAUUGGAAGGUCUGCGUAUCCAGUUAAAGCAAUUGCAGAAACAGAGUGACAACAAUAGGAGUGUGGUGCACGUGACAAAACUGAAUGGGAAAAAUAUCCCAAUAGGAGGAAAUGUAUGGAUAUCACCCACGGCAGUUCUUCUAUCCAACAGAGACAACAUUUCUCUCACUGAAGAUUCGUGCAUUGUCAUGGAUGGACAUGUAGUUGACAACAUGUGUCUUUUGUACCUGUAA